AUGCCGGCAGCCGAUACCAAGGUGCCACCAGCUCCAGCAACACGCUCGAGGCGUGCACCGGUCGCUAGCUCGAAAAACCGGCCGGCUUUUGUGAGCAAACUGUGGAAAAUGGUCAAUGACCCCAAGAAUGGCGAGUACAUCCGGUGGAUGCCCGACGGCAAAUCUAUUCAGGUGGUGAACCGUGAGGCGUUUGAGAAAAAUGUGCUUCCGAAACAUUUCAAGCACUCUAACUUUUCGUCAUUUGUGCGCCAGCUGAAUAUGUAUGGCUGGCACAAAGUUCAGGACGUUAACAGUGGGUCGAUGCACAGCAAUGAUGAACACUGGCAGUUCCAGUCGCCUAAUUUCAUUAAGGACCGUGAAGAUCUACUUGAUAAUAUUGUCAGAAACAAGGGCAAGCACAGCGAAGAAGAUGAGGAGCAGCAACUGGAGCUGUCAAAAGUGCUGUCUGAACUUGAACAAAUCAAGUCUAGGCAGAUCGCAAUUGGCGAGGACCUGUCCCGGAUUCAGAGCGAUAACGAGCUUCUCUGGAACGAGUACUAUUCCACCCGUGAGCUGUACGAAAAGCAUUCGCAGAUGCUCGAACGAAUUGUUCGCUUUUUGGCAAACAUGUACGGCGCGGAUGGCAAGCUUUUGGACAUGUUUGGGGGUGGUCAAAUACCAAUCAGCCACCGGCUCCUAAUGGGUUCAGACCCUGUCAAUCAGUUUAAUCUAUCGACUUCUGAUCGUGCCUCGCCACAGGUCCAACAGUUACAAGAGCUGCAAGAUAUGCAAAGCCGGAUCCACCAGAGUGGAGUUUCGACUGCAAAAACAAGCCCAUCGCCUUCUUCAGAUACCCCUCCCAGUGACUUUUCGAAGGCUCUUAUUCCUUCCACCCGCACUAGGCCCCUGGGCGGCUUCACUGCUCCCCCUGUGCCUCCAUUGAACAAUGGCCUGCCGCCAAAUUUGGAGACUUCUACAAACGGACUUGCUAUACCAUUGUCCCCGAGUGAAAUAAGACGCCCAUCUUCAAGCAAGCUAGAAGAACUUGAAGCCGACUUGGCCAAUCAAGGAAACUCUUUGAAGGAAGUACAGGAGUUGAUACAACGAAUUAGUCCGUCCUUUGGUCUCAACGAUGAGCUCGACCCUAAUUUUGAUGUUAAUGACUUUUUGGUUAAUUCCCCUUUGAACGAUGGCACAGUUGGUACAAUUCCUGCCCUGGACAACGUUGCUUAUGAUGAUAAUGCUAAAGCUGAAGACGAGCUGGCUAACCCCGCUGGUUACGAGGUUGACUCUGAAACGGCACCUCCAGCUAAGAAAUCAAAACGAAGCUAA